ACGGCACAGAUCUAACGUCGACAUGUUUGGCCUAGAUAUAUCCGUCCGAAUUUACGUUCUUGAUAACAAGUCAGACUUAAUCCCUGCCAGCUAAGAAUGUUAAAUUCUGCUUUAUUUAUGGGCUAAACUGUCCAGCACUUUCUUCGAUUCAUCACCAUUCACGAUUUCCAGACGUAUAGAUUUAACUCUGGGGACGCGCUUAUUCGAGUCCAGUUGGUAGAAGACUGUGGUAAUUCGGUAUAACGAGAUCAGCCUUAUCUACAUCGGUUAGACGACAGGUGUUUCUACCUGGCACCAUUUUUUGAAAAGAAGACUAAUAAGAACUACAUCAUGACCAUGACUAGCCCCCGACACAGAUUAGCCGUCUUCGUGCUGUGUUUGUCUGUAAUGGCGACCGUUCGCGGCCUGGACGUUGUUAUAGAACACACAAAGUAUACUGCACAUGCCCAGCUGACAGAAGCCGGAAGAGAGGCCAGUCUUUAUGGAAACCAAGCUUGUUAUGAGCUUCUGGCCCUGCUCUAUCAGACAUAUGGUAAACACUACAUAAGAAGAGACACUCAGUUGGUUAGUCAGAUGGGCCAGUUUUUGGCUGAGCUUGACCAUGUACUGACCGAUGGAGUGACCAACCUCUCUAAGACUGUUAAUACCACACUGGACCGGCUAAACCAGCUGGUUGACCAUGUUCUCCACACAGAGCUGUUCGACACCCCUGCUACAUCAAUGACGAGGCAGGUGGAUGACGUCAUAGCGGAGGGCAAGCGUGGGGCAGAUGAGGAUGGUGUCAUUCUGCUACAGAGUAUUUUGCACAUCAUGGGGGAGUAUUUCAAAGGUUAUUCCACUGAUGACACCUCCGUGGUGGGACGUUCACUUCGUAAGAACAAGGGAAUACCGGAGAUUUUCAAUGACAUGACGCAAGUGGCAAAAAACACGUUCAAUAUAGUGGACAAGGAGACCAGAAAGAUUUUAGAGGAUCUGAACGUAAUCGGGACCGCGUUAAAACAGAGCCUAAGUGAAGCCUACGGUAUUAUGGAGAGCAUAACACCGUACCUGGAUCAAACCCUGAUUAGGCGAAUUUUGAAAAACAUAUUCAAGCGGCAUGUAUCUAUACAGGUUGUCUCCUCCUUCGCUGGAAAACCCUAUGCCUACCCUGCUAGGCGGUCACGUUUCGUCGAUGGAAAGUAACUCUCCAGUUCUGGAAGGCUUUUGUGUCUCCAAAAGAAACCUGCGGCGAUUAUGCAGAUCCAUGUUCACCGAGAAAGAAAACAAACACACAGC